AUGAGACCUCCACCCACCGCCUGGCGUCGCCAUGGCAACGGCUCAGGCCUUCCGGCGGCGGCCGGAAGCGGGGCGGCGCGCGGCAAGAUGGCGGCGGGGUGGCGGCGGCCGGCGGCGGGCAGCGCGGUGACGCUGCUGCUGAGCCUCGGCGCCUCCGGGCCCGCGCUGCUGCGGGGCGGGGGCGGCACCGGCGGCCCCUCCGCGGCCUCCCUGCGGGCGGGGGAAGUCCACAGGCUGCUCACCUACGUCUUCAGCUACGACGACCUGAUAUCCCUGACCUGCGGGGCCGUUCUCGUCUGGUACUUCGCAGGCAGCUUUGAGAAGAACGUUGGCACCGCCAAGCACUGCUUCCUCACCGUCCUGUUCGCCGUCCUCUCCGCCCUCCUGUACCUCCUGCUUGAGGCUGUCGUCUCGAGGGUGUCGGAGGUGGAAGACCCCAAGGGGUUCAUGCCGGUAGCUUUUGCCAUGUUGGGCGUGUCGACCACCCGCUCGCGGAUGAAGAGAGCUCUGUUCUUCGGGGUUAGGGUUCCGGUGGUGCUGGUGCCGUGGUUUCUGCUCUGCGUAGCGUGGUUUAUCCCCCACUCCUCCCUCCUCAGUAACAUCUGUGGGCUUCUGGUUGGGGAGGCCUAUGGGCUUGGCUACUGCUUCUGCCUGGAUAUCCCAGAGUCGGUGAGCUCUAAGCUGGAUCGGCUGUUCCCCUUCAGCCUGUUAAAGAGAGUCCCAGGGCUGGAAUACAUCCCGGGGUCCUCGGCAGAGAGGAGAGCCUCCGAGGGCAUCAAGAUCACCCCUCCGCCAGGUGCGUACCCCACGCAAAGCUACUGCAGCUCCUCGCCUCCGGCUCUUCCCGCUUUCCCCCCGCAGCACGCUGCCGCUCGGAGCCAGGCCUUCCACCACAGCCGCGCGCCGGGACGCGGCCCUGCGGGGGGACACGACGGGGCUCGGCACAGCUCUGCGGCAGGAUACGGCCUCCCUUCCUCCCCGUCCCGAGCCGGAGGUGCCUUCGGGGAGUUUUACAUCCAGACCCACGCCGGAGCCUCUCCUGGACAGUGCUGCCAGGCGGGCAAGUUCUCCAUCCCGCAGCGCGUGUGCCCGCCCGGACCGCAGGCACCCGCGGGCCUGGAGCCCCUGGCUGGGGUUCAGCAAACCCCGGGGCGCCCAGCAGCCGCAGCGCCGCCCGUCCCGGCUGAAUUUUCCAGGAUCCAGGUGUACUGAUCCUCCCGAAGGCAGCGGGGCUCCUCUGGCACGGGAGGACCGUGCGUGGUGCUCGUGCGGCAGCACGUUGCUGGCACCGUUGCCGCGUCUGUGUGACUAGCUGAACGGGUUAUUUUAAUUGUUUCCUUUGUAA